ACACAUCAAUAAAUCAUGUUUGUUUUGCUCUGCAGUGGGGUUAUGGAGACCAGGAGUGAUCAGGCCCUGGUUGGAGUCCAGAAUUAUUUGGAGGAGGCAGCACAGAAGCUGAGGCCCAGCGCUCCCAUCAAGUUCCACAUCUCCAGCCGGACGGACACCGGUGUCCACGCGCUGGCCAACGCCGCCCAUCUGGACAUCCAGAGGGCUCCAGGCAAGGCAGCUUUCACUGGCGAGCAGCUUGCCCAGGGGCUCAACUACCACCUCAGGCCUGAGCCCAUCCGCAUCCUCAGGGCCCAGCGAGUGCCCAGUACCUUCCACGCCCGUUUCUGUGCCCUCUCCAGGACCUACCUGUACCGGCUGCUGCUGGGCUGUGCCCACUACUCCCAGAUCCCAGUGUUUGAGCAGGAUCUCUGCUGGGCUCCUGCAGGAGGCCCCCUGGACAUCCCUGCAAUGAGGGAAGCAGCAAAAUUCCUGCUGGGAACCCACGACUUCAGCACCUUCCGCUCGCUCAACUCCGAGUCGGCGUUCCAGAGCCCCGUCAGGACCCUGCUCCAGCUGGAAAUCCAGCCCUCUCCCGGAUUCCUGUCCCACCACUACGAGCACAGGGGACUGGAGUUCUGGGAGGUGAAGGUCAAGGGCAGAGCCUUCCUUUACCGACAGGUGCGGAGGAUGGUCGGGGCUCUGGUGGCCGUGGGCCAGGGGAAGUUGGCCCCUCACCACAUCCAGGAGCUGCUGGAGGCGAAGGAUACCCGGGCUUUCCCCUCUUACGCCAUGGCCCCGGCCUCGGGGCUGUUCCUGAAAUCCGUGGAGUACAGCCAGGCAGAUCUGGCCACUCCGAGUGCCCCGGCAGAAGAGGAGCUCUGUGGGCUGAGCUGAAAGGACUCUUGUGGCUCUGGGGUGGGAACAGGCCAAGUGGCACAGCCCGGCCUCAAUAAAAACCACUGACUGUGGCUGCAGGGGCUGCCUGCCCAGGGGCAAAAGGAGGAA